CCGCGUCCGCCGCUGCUUCUUCUCCGCCGUCCUCUGGAAAUCACAACGAUGGGCAGUGUUCUGGCUGCCAGCUCCCCGAACCCGCCGUCGCCGGCGGCAAUGGCGGCAGCAGCGACCGCCGCUGCACCCGGGCUGACGGUGCCGCCGGGGUUCGGGAUGCCGCCGGUCUCCUCGGUCCUACCCCCGACCGGACUCGUCCCCGGACAGCAGCCGGAGGCGGAGAACGCCCUGCCCAACCCCGGCGCCUUCGACGAGUGUCACCGCAAAUGUAAAGAGGUUUUCCCAAUGCAGAUGGAAGGAGUCAAACUCACGGUUAACAAGGGCCUCAGCAACCACUUCCAGGUGAAUCACUCAGUGAUGCUGAGCCCGUCCGCAGACUCCAGCUACAAGUUCGGCGUGAUGUACGUGGGAACGAAGCAGAUGGGUCCGGCAGAGUCUUUUCCAGUCAUGGUGGGCGACAUGGACAACAGCGGCAGCCUCAACGCGCAGAUCAUCCACCAGAUCAGCGGCAGGAUACGAUCCAAGUUGGCCUUCCAGACACAACAGCAGAAGUUCGUGAACUGGCAAGGAGACGCCGAGUUCAGGGGAGAAGACUUCACCGCCACCGUGACGCUGGGGAACCCCGACGUCCUCGUCGGCUCCGGUAUCGUCAUCAGCCACUACCUCCAGUCCAUAACGCCGGCGCUGGCUCUGGGGGGGGAGCUGGUGUACCACCGCCGGCCGGGGGAGGAGGGCUCCGUCAUGUCCCUGGUGGGCAGGUACACAGGCAGCAACUACAUCGCCACGAUGACGCUCGGAUCGGCCGGAGCUCACGCGUCCUACUACCACAAGGCCAACGAGCAGCUGCAGGUCGGGGUGGAGUUCGAGGCGAGCACCCGCAUGCAGGACACGAGCGUGUCACUCGCCUACCAGCUGGACGUGCCCAAAGCUAACCUGCAAUUCAAAGGUUCGGUGGACAGUAACUGGAUUGUCGGAGCGACGCUGGAGAAGAAGCUGCUGCCGCUGCCGCUCUCCCUGGUCCUCUGCUCCUUCCUCAACCACCGCAAGAACAAGUUCCAGUGCGGCUUCGGCGUCACCAUCGGUUAGUGUAGCGUCCGCAGAGGAGCGUAGCGUCCGUGCUGCUGCCGCCACCCCUUCACCUCAUGCCGUCGGUUUCUCCGAUCACAGGACGACAAAGUCUACGAGCAACUGGAGUCCCCGCGUCGGUCGACAUCGAUCGAUCGAUCUGGGAUUUAAACUGUUGUUGGACUCGUAGGCGGCAGAGAUGCUUUGAUCGAGUUUUAUUUCCGUUUUUCGAUUGUUUUGUUUUACUGUGAAGUCGUCGUGUUGCGGUGAAUGAACCUGCCGUCAUUCGCUCAGUCACGGCGACUCACGGGGCUCAGAGUUUACCGCCGUUACCGGACCGUACUGUAUGUCAUGUUCACAGUCGCCUGUUCUGUUGCCUUUUUAUGUUCAUGUGCACACGGAGCAGUAAGCUGACCUGUAUAUACUUCUGGGGAGGAAGAUAAAUACAAUUUCUUACAAACUCGACUCGUCUGUUUCAUUUCCUUCAGGCAAUAACCUUAUGUAUCAUCAGAUACCGCUGCUUUCUUUUCCUACUGCUCGAGAUUUUUAACCAGAUAUUAACUCAUGGCCACAAGUUAUU